AUGCCUCCUGACACACGCCCUGCCACCACCACCAUCAUCAAAUCAGAUGACUUUCUCAGCAAGUUCACCAAAACUGCCGCUCAAAAGGAGAAAGCCAGCGAUGCUGCUAAGCUGCCCGCUCUGCCUCAGAAACACGCGGCUGGCAAACAGGCUCAAAAGGAGUCACCAUCGCCUCCACCAAAAGAACCCAAAGAACCUAAAGAAUCUAAGGUAAAAGAAGAGAAAAAGAGCAAACUGGCAAGUUCAUUGGCAAGUAAGGCAAAACCAGUUGAAAAGGUAGAAAAGGCUGAAAAGGCGGCAAAGGCGGAAAAGGUAGAAAAGGCGGAAAAGCAGGUGAAAGCAGCUAAAGCAAAGUCAAACGAAGAAAAGAGCAAACCAGACGUUCCUGACAAUGAGGAGUGUAGGCAAACACUGGAAGACCUAGAAAACAUUGACUCAGAAACUGACCGUCAUGGAAUUAUUUUUGUCAAGUCAAAAGACCACACUGUGGCUAAAGAUUAUGGCAUCACUGAACUUCCUGCACUGAUAUACUUUGAAAAACGCAUUCCAUCCAUUUACCAAGAAGACAUUUCUGCUGAAGAGGACGUUCUUCAGUGGCUUGUUCAGCAAAAAACUGAAGACACCAUUGAGUCGGUCAACAGAGAGCUACUGGAGCAACUCAUCAGCAACACUCAGUAUUUGGUUGUGUACUUUUAUAAACCUCACUGCAAAGCAUGUGAUAUAGUUCUUGAAGAGCUGGAAAACAUUGAUGACGAUUGUGAGAUCUACGGAAUAAACUUUGUCAAAAUUCAAGAUGUGAAUUUAGCCAAACGUUAUGGAAUUAAGAACUACCCAGCGCUUGUGUAUUUUCGCAAUGGAAAUCCGCUCAUUUUUGACGGUGAUUUGCGCAAUGAAGAACUUGUCUUUGAGUGGCUCAUUGAGGACGAAAAUCGCGAGUUGGCCGACGAAAUUGAAGAUGUCAACGGUCGAAUGCUUGAAAAACUCAUCAACGACAAACCGUUUUUAGCGGUGCUCUUUUAUAGUAAAGAAUGUGCCGACUGUGAGGAGGCAAUUAAGUCGCUUGAGAACAUUGAUGAUGAAGCUGACAUUUUUGGCAUUGAUUUUGUCAAAGUAAAUGACAUUGCUGCCAACAACAAGUACAACAUUCAAAAAUUGCCCGUUUUGGCGUUUUUCCGCAAACAACAGCAGUUUAUGCUUUAUGAAGGUGAUCUCAACAAUGAAGCCGAUGUUCUGCGUUGGCUGACCAGCAAUGAAGUGUUCAAUAUUAAAGAUGAAAUUGAAGAAGUCAAUCGAAAAAUGCUCGAGAAAAUUUUAGAAGACAAUGAUUUUGUAGCCGUCUAUUUUUAUGAAAAUGAUUGCUAUGAUUGUGAAACAAUACUCAAUGAACUGGAGCAUAUUGACGAUGAUACAGAUGAACUGGAAAUAAUGUUUGUCAAAAUUCGAGAUACUAAAUACGCUCGAAAAUACGGCAUAAACGAUGUGCCAGCAUUGGUAUUCUUCAGAAAGAAGUUUCCAUCUAUUUAUCGAGGUGAUUUGAUUCGGGAAGAUGAAGUACUCGAAUGGCUCAAAAGAAAUCGAUAUCGUCAUCCUGAGUUAAACUUUUUCAUGUACGCUAUUACUGCCACAACAGGUGCAUUUGUUCUUUAUACACUCUUUUUGAUAUUUUGCAUGAAAAAGAAAAAAGGCGACCUUAAAAUUGAAUAG